UUUGGUAUGGCUUUAGUGUCAUUAUCCAAUACUUUAAUGAAUGGUGGUUGUACUACUGGUAGCAGCAAUUCUUCAAUGCUACAGGAAGGAGACGGUGUUCGCAAAUCUGGCCCAAUCAUUUUAUUAGUUGGAGGGAAAAAGCGUGGUCAAAUUGCUUAUGCAGUCCUAUCAGAAAGGGCAUUAGAAUUAUUUAAUUCUGAAAAAUCGUAUAGAAAAAAGAAAGUUGCUAAAGCUAUUGUUGAUUUAAGUAAAUGUUUUAAUGUUUCUCAACAGAAUUGCCCAAAGUCUAGAUCAUCUAGUGUUUGUUUAAUGAUGCCCGAUGAAUGUUUUUUAUUUCAAGGAGCUGAAAGUUCUAAUGAUACAAUUGAAUGGUACAGAGUUUUGUUAUCAGCAGUUAUUUCUGCCAGAGCAUUAAAUUUAGGAAGGCCUGUCUUUGCCAAUGAAUUUUUUGAAUGUGUUUGGGAUGUUGUUAUCUUCUCUCAACAACCGAAAUUAAAACGAUCUUCACAAGCCCCAACAAACCCCGAAUUUGUUAAUUGUCCAAAUAUUUGUGCUAAAUUACGUGAUGAAAUGUUUUUGGCAGGAAGAGGAAGACUUUGUUUUUAUCCUCAUACAAUUAUUAUUUGCAAAACUGGAAUAGAACCAGCACAUUCUGGUCUUCCAAAAGCAGGAAUCCCUCCUUUCCGGACAACCGAUUUUGUUGAAAUUUCAAGGCAUUUUAUUGCACAAUUUGGAUGUGUAGAACGUUAUUUUCUUUUACGAAUUGGGAGGAGCUCACCUAUGGGAUCCUGUGAAGUUUGGGUUCAAUGCGAAUCUGAUGAUCAUGCUGCUGAGAUUAACCGUAAAUUACAAGAAAUAAUUCAGCGUGAAACAGAAAAGAAACAACAAGCUUUACAAGCAAUUCGUGGACAGCAACAAUUAAAUGCUUCACCACUUCCUAGUUCAUCCUCCCCUUCUAAUCCUUCUACUUCUAAUCAGUAUUGUAUGUAUUCCUUUGCUUCUUCUUCAACAACUGAUUCUGAAAUAACUAAAGAACCAUUAGAAAUUGCUGAACAACAACAACAACCUAUUUUAGAAACAAUAAGUGAAGAUGAACAACAACCACAAAAUGUUACACCUUCAUCUUCAAAUAAUUCUGUUGAUGGAGGACGUAAACGAAGAGAACAUUCAUCAUUAAGUCAAGCUGCGAGAGAAAAAAGAAUUGAACUUAGGGAAUGUAAAGCUAAAGUAGAUUCUUUAGAAAAGGAAGAACUUGAGGAGAAAUUAAGACGAAAACAACAACAAGCAGAAUGGGAAGUUGCUCAACAAAGACUUUUACUUCCUCAUUAUUAUCAACAAAAUUUAAAUGAAAAUUCUCCUCAAUCACUUUUAAGACCAAAUUGUUUGUUGGGACCUUCACAAAACAAAAGGCGCGGUUCUGCACAAAUGACAGCUGAACUUUGCGCCCGUAGCAAGUCUCUAAGUUUGGAAGAGCAACAAGCUUUGAAUUUCCGCUCAUUUGGUGGUCAAGUUGGGGGUCGCUUUUGGACCAUGGAUAAAGCAGACUCACUUCUUUUGUUGGGUGCCGGUUAUGGACCCUCAAUGGACCCCGAGGAAACUGAGGAUAGUGGAGGUACUCUUAGAAUGGUUCCCUGUGGUGAUGAAAACAAUACUGGCGGAGGGGGUGAUGGAAGCAGUGCUGCACCUUCUCGUUCUUCUAGUUCUUUAAAUAUGGGGCCUCCAACAUCAUCGCAAACAAAGAAUUGUACACCUGAUGAUCUUUUAUCAACAAUUAAGAGAAAAAGAAGUACAAAUUCAGCUGGACAUUUGAUUGAAGCUUAUGUUGAAUGUCAUGCUACUGUUUGUGAUGAUGAUGAAGAAGCUUUAGUAAUACCCCCAGAUGAAGUAAGUGAUGGUGGAGAAAGUAGUGGGACUGGUGUAGAUGCUUGUUCUUCUGCUGAUGAUGAUGCUGCUUUGAGUGCUAGAAGACAACAAAAACAGCAAAAAAGAAGGCAAUCAAGAAAAUUAAUUUUGGAAAUGAAAACGUCUGUUGGUGAUAAUGUUAAUAAUUCAUUAGAAUUAGAUGGAGGGACUGAAGCAGACCAAAGUUGUUCUUGUUCCUCUUCUGUUGCUAGUAGUAGUGCCGGUGGUGGCGGCGGUGAACGCGGAAGGGAUGAUGAAUUAGUGGCUGCUACGGGAAGGCAUUCUCCUUUAGUUUCUACAAACGUUUCUAAACAUCAAAGAAGGCAAUCUAAUGAACAUAAGAAACAGCAACAUUUAUCAAAAUUAAAUUCCAACAACAAUUAUUGUAAUAAUACUAACAAUUCUUCAACAGAAUAUACUUUAAUGGAUAGGGUUAGCUGUUCUUCUGAUUCCUUCUCUCAUUUAGCUGUUCCACAGCCAUGGGAUCGUCACAAUACUUGUUUUUGUCCAGAAGAUAUAUGUUCAUAUACUAGUGAUAGUGGUGAUAGUUGUUAUUCAUCAAUGGCAAAUGGACAAUUAAAUCCCCGUGCAUUUUCAUUUUCUUCUUCAACUUCUGAUGCCAGAAAUCAUCUUUUACUCCAUAAUCACCAACAUCAUCAAUUAGGGAGUAACGGAAGACUUUUAAAUACGGGAAUUAUUCCAACUCAUCAUUGUCAUCAACAACCCCAACAACACCCCGCAGCUGCUAAAUGGACUGCUGCUGUAAUGGGAGGCAGAAAUGUAUUUCCCUUUAACAACCAACAACAACAACCACCCCCUCCUCCUUCACCUCGUUCUCAUUGCGCACCUUCAAAGGCUUCUGGAAUUUCUUCUCAAAAUCAACAAGAAUAUUCUUCUUCGUCUUCUCGUUUUUCUAUGGAAACCUCUUUAAUUACUCCUUUGGAGGAAGAGGAGCAACAAAAACAAGUUAAAUUUGCUGAUGAUGAACAAUUAAAUAAUAAUGAUUCUUCUAAUAUUCUUACUACCUCUUCCUCUUUAAUACAAAAUCGUGGAGAUUGUUCUAUUGGAGACGAUUCACUAAGGAAGCGAGCAUUUUCACUUGGAUCUAAAUCCUGGCUAACUAAACCUUUUCGUAAACUUUCUUCUUCUCAUGGAAAUUCUUCAAAUAUUCGACAACAUAAUAAAAGUGCCACUUCUCGUUCAGGAUCGUCCUCUUUGUUUGGGUCGAUCCAUGGAGAUUUAUGCAUUGUUCAUGAAUCUUCGUCUCCUGGAAGUAUAAACGACAACGGAAAUCGUUUAUCCUUGUCCUCUCAUCGAUUAUGUUCUAUUUCUUCUUGUUCAACUUCAGCUCCUUCUCCUCCAAUAAAUGUUAAUUGUAAAAAUGAGGAAAAUCAACAAAAACAAUCCCAACAACAACAACUUCCCUUAACUAGUCCAAUUCCUAAUCAACAAGCUAGAUCUGAUAGUAUUGGUUCAAGCCAUUCAGUAACCCGUUCAUUGCCUGGCGGUAGUGGAAGUAUUGGUGCAAACAGUGUUGGGAAUAAACAACAAAGAACUCGAAAGAAACAAUCACCUUCAGACGAACAUUUAAACAACGUUAAUAGUCUAGAUGAAGAUCUUGUUGAGUUAGAUUUUGCCCAAAACUCAAUGAUCUGUACUACCCCAUCUUCAGCAUCAACUUCAACUGUUGGAGUACCUCCAUCUUUCUUUGGUAAUCGUUCAGCCCAAUGUGUUGCUACAAUUCCUACUUCCGGCCUUUCAAGAAAUUCAUUGAGGCAUAAUAAAUCUUUUAAUUUUUUAUUAAUAAAGAGAAUUUUUUUCAGAGCCAGAACUAAUAGUUGUGAUGAUUAUACCUGCACAGAUAUCUAUUCCGUUCCUUCUCACUAUCAACACCAUAAUAAUUCCCAACAGACUCAAUGUCGUUGUGGAUAUACAGGAGGUAGUCACAGUGCUCUGUCUUCUAAUUGUGUUGGUGCAUCUUCAGGAGGAAAUACUUCAUUAACUAGGGGAAGUGCUGGAGCUUUAAAUUUCCAUCCCCAACAGUGUAUUCGCCCCUCUGAAUCAUUUAUUUGUUCAAUUCGCCAACAACAACGAGAACUUCAACGUACUCGACAGCAGCAACAACAACAAAAACAACGUAUAAGAAUAAAAAAUUCUGCUUUUCCUUUACAAGAAGUUCAAUGUUUUAUUGCCCCAUCUGAAAAAGAAAAAAUUGAUGCAAUGACUGCGAGAGAUACACUUUCACUUCGUUCUCAACGUAGUGGAAGUGGAAGUUGUUCUCAACAUUUUGAAACAAUUAAUGAAUGUGUUGGGAUACAAAAUAAUAAUGAUGGAAUUACUUUUAGGUAG